GAACAGUAUGAGCAUUAAAACAGUUCACAAAAUUCAAAGCCAUGUCUGGCCUAAGUGUACGCUAGGAAAUCACCAGGAGACACACAUUUCGGCUUUCCGUCAGAUGAUGUUUUCCUCCCCUGUGACGCUUGUCGGAGCAUUCCACACCUCCCGCCUGCUCCGCAGGUCUCAGACAAUCAAGCCGAACCCUUUUGAGACCUCUUCUGGAAACUUCGAUAAGAGUUUUGAGAAAAUGGUGGGCAACAUUGAGAUGCAGCUUCCCUUCCGCCAGCACCACUUCUCCAAGGGCUAUAUGUACGAUCGAAACUUCGGCGAAGAGAACGCGGACGCGAUGCGAGAUGCCGCUAAAGCCGACGUACAUGGCACUGAACCCGAGCGGCCAGCAGCUAAACAGGCCCGGAGCUAUUUUACAGAUGAAGAUCUUUCGCCAGAGGCCCUACACGUGCGUUCGCCACGUCUAAAAGUGGCGCAACAUAUCCAACGCCAGGAAUAUGAUCGAUCCCUCCUUAAAACUAGCUCUGAGCCAAUGGAGUACUACUACCCGCCCGUAUCGGCUGAGGAAAAGCGUAAAAAACGAAUGUGGAUAACAGCUGGGAUAGCAGGGGGUGUUGGCGUAGUCUGGUAUGGCUGCCGACGCCUAGGGAUGUACAUGCGUUCUGUAUAGAAAAGUGAAAAUAGCAAGUAGGAUAGGUUCAAUGCUAUAAACAGAAUCAACAAAAGUGUACAUUGCAUUGUUUAUCCCUUUCAAAAUGAAGCUAUCUUUCUAUGUUGGAUGCUAA